AUGAUAAAGAAAUUCGAAGAUGAAUGUAAUAAAUAUUGAUAUUAUUGCAUAGAAAACAAAGUUAAAUAAGAGUUUAAUCAAAAUUUAACUUAAAAAAAAUAAGAAAUACAAGAAGCAUUAAACAAACCUGAUUAAAUUAAUAAAGUUAAUUUAGAAUAAGAAAAAUAAAAUAAAAUCGAAUUAAAAAAAGUAAAUUUAUAAUUCAUUUAUCAAAUUAUUUUUAGAUUCAAUUAUAUAACAAAUCAUUAUUAUUUUCAAAUACUUAUAAGUAUACUAAUUGUUAGGUAAGUGAAGGAGGGAAAGUUGUGGCAGAUACCAAUAAUUCUGGUUGGUGUUUUUGUUUUUGUGAAUAAGUAAUUCCAAAGACUGGGAAAAUUUAAUUUGCAUUUUAAAUACUCAGUGGAUCAUAUUUUAUGGUUGGAAUAGGAUUUAGAGGGAUUAUGAGAGAAAAUCCUUAUUUGAANUAACGUUUAUUUAUAUCUAAUACUAAUUUAAGAAUCCAAUUCCUAGAUAUUCAAUUUUUUAAAUAGUUCUUAAUUAUGUAUUUGACUAACUUCUAUUUCUUAUGA